AUUGCCGGAAACACUCCUCCACUUAAAAACUAGGGUUUUCUCUUCUCUCCUCCGUCUUCCCCUUCUUCUCUUCAUCGAUCUCUCCGGCCGCCAUGGAUCUCCUCCGCAACUACGCCGACAAGAGCGACGACGACGACAUUGGGAACGACGCCGGAUCCCCGGUGAACCAGCCGGAGAAACCCGCCACCGGAGAAGAACCGGAACCAGAACUAGAACCAGAGGACGAGGAUGACUCCUUGUCUCCCCCACGAAUCUCUCUACCAUCCAAAUCGUCAGCUCCUCGUGUUGACGACACGGCCCUCGCACUCUCUGUCGCGGGCGCCGCCCGUGCGCUCAGCGGCCCUCUCGAUCCCACCCAGCGGGCCGUCUCCUUCAAUCCUACCUAUGACCAGCUCUGGGCUCCUAUACAUGGUCCUGCCCACCCCUACGCCAAGGACGGCGUCGCCCAGGGCAUGCGCAACCACAAGCUUGGCUUCGUCGAGGAUGCGUCCAUCCAACCUUUCCUCUUUGAUGAGCAGUACAACACCUUCCACAACUUCGGCUACGCCUCUGACCCCUCUGGCCUCUCCUUCGUCGGUGAUCUCCAAUCCCUCUCCACCAACAACGCCCUUUCCGUCUACAAUAUCCCUCAGCAAGAGCAAAAGCGCCGCCGCCUCCAGAUGAAGUCCGGUGAUGAGGAAUCUAAAUCCGAUCUUGGCCCCGAGGCCGAGAACCCUGCGUCCGAGCAAUGGCUUCUGAAGAACAAGAAGAGCCCUUGGUCCGGGAAGAAGGAGGAGCUUCCCACCGAGCUCACUGAAGAGCAGAAGAAGUAUGCUGAGGAGUAUGCCGAGAAGAAGGCUGAGAAGGAGCGCGGCGGAGAAGGACGAGACCGCGCAGAGCAUGCCGACAAGAGCACGUUCCAUGGGAAGGAAGAACAUGAUUACCAGGGGAGAUCCUGGAUUGCACCCCCUAAGGACGCCAAGCCUGCCAAUGAGCAUUGCUACAUCCCCAAACGCUGGAUACACACAUGGAGUGGCCACACCAAGGGCGUCUCCGCUAUCCGCUUCUUUCCCAAGCACGGCCACCUGCUCCUCUCGGCUGGUAUGGAUUCCAAGGUCAAGAUUUGGGACGUUUUCAAUUCAGGCAAGUGUAUGCGUACCUACAUGGGCCAUUCGAAGGCGGUGCGCGACAUCUCCUUCUCCAAUGAUGGUACGAAAUUCUUGAGCGCGGGGUAUGAUAAGCACAUCAAGUACUGGGAUACCGAAACCGGGAAGGUGAUCUCCACAUUCUCCACUGGGAAAAUUCCUUAUGUUGUGAAGCUCAAUCCGGAUGAAGAUAAACAGAACAUUCUCUUGGCUGGUAUGAGUGACAAGAAGAUUGUGCAGUGGGAUAUGAAGUCCGGGGAGAUAACUCAAGAAUAUGACCAGCAUUUGGGAGCUGUGAAUACAAUCACUUUUGUUGAUAAUAACAGGAGGUUUGUCACUUCGAGCGAUGAUAAAUCCCUUCGAGUUUGGGAGUUUGGGAUUCCUGUGGUUAUAAAGUAUAUCAGUGAGCCUCAUAUGCAUUCCAUGCCUUCAAUAUCUCUUCAUCCUAAUUCCAAUUGGUUGGCUGCUCAGAGUUUGGACAAUCAGAUUCUGAUAUAUAGUACCAAGGAGAGGUUCCAGUUGAACAAGAAGAAGAGGUUCUCAGGGCACAUUGUAGCUGGAUAUGCUUGUCAAGUGAACUUCUCUCCCGAUGGGAGGUUUGUAAUGUCAGGAGAUGGGGAGGGUAAGUGUUGGUUCUGGGAUUGGAAAAGUUGCAAGGUUUUCAGGACUUUGAAGUGUCAUGAAGGAGUGUGCAUCGGGGUUGAGUGGCAUCCAUUGGAGCAGAGCAAGGUUGCCACUUGUGGAUGGGAUGGCAUGAUCAAAUACUGGGAUUAGCGCAAUGGUUACUCAAGGCUCCAGAUAUGCAACAAAGGUCAUUUGAUUGCCCAAAUGGAGUUGACUCCCCCGAGUCAGGGGAUGUUUUCAAUGAACAAAAUCAUGAUAAUGUGUAUCAAUUGGAAAUUUUCUUGACUUCAACCAAUAUUUCUUGGCUAUGACAACUGCAUCCUUUGAGGACCCAAAAGAUAAAAGCACAAGUUGGCUGUGACUGAGGGCUGCUAGGGCGAUGACAUUCAGCUUGUGCAAAAGGACAUAAUAUAUUAAUAUCUGUAAACUUUGUAUUUCUAUCUUAUUUGUUAUGUCAAGAAAAUCAUCUUACAGUUUCAGAUCUCCAAGGAGGUGAUGUGCCAAUGUUUGCGGUUGUCUGUUGUUGAUCCAAACUAGUUUUCCAAUGAUAGUUGAGAUUAUACUGCAUUACUUCUUA